GCUCUCCAUAGAUUCUCCCGUUUCUUUUUCCAUUAAGCUUUCAAUCAAGUUCAUCAGACUCUCAUCUGAGAAAAAGAAUCCAGAAAAUCUGCUCUCUUGUUACUCAAAUUCACGUUAAAGAGACUCGAAAAACCAGCUGAUUUUGUCUGUAGAUCAUGGCUAUCGAGCAGUACAUCGGGGAAGCCGGACUUCAAAACCGUUUACUAGAAGGUAAAAAAUCGAUGGAGAAGUGGAUGAGUUCGCCGGAAGCAAUCACGGAUCCUGAAGAUAAUUCCUCGGCUGGUUUUGACUGCAACAUCUGCCUCGAUACCGUGCAGGAUCCUGUAGUGACGCUAUGCGGUCACAUAUAUUGCUGGCCCUGCAUUUACAAAUGGCUUCAAUUUCAGUCCAACUCCGCCGAAAACCAAGACCAGAAGCCGCCGCAAUGCCCUGUAUGCAAAGCCGAAGUUUCCGAUUCGACACUUGUACCGCUUUAUGGUCGAGGUCGGACAAGCAAGGCAUCGAAAAGCAAGUCUCCCCAACUUGGCAUAGUCAUCCCUAAGAGACCUCUCGGCCCUGAUCUUGGCACACCAAGAACACCUAAUACUGCAAGUACUCCACAAUUUGCGCAUCAAAUACAUCACCAUCACUACUGUUACUCGUAUCAACCGCAAGUGUACAAUUAUCCAUCUUCGCCUAUGCUUAGCCCCGGCGGCACGACAAUGAGUGUAGUGGAUCCGGUGAUGCGGAUUGUCGGUGAAAUGGUACACGCACGGGUAUCCGGAGAUUCGGUUACAAACUUAUAUGCACAUCCGAAUUCUUACAAUUUUGUGGGGAGCACUAGCCCUAGGAUCAGAAGGCACAUAAUGCAAGCUGAUAAGUCACUGAACAGAUUAAGCAUUUUCAUCUUCUGUUGCUUAAUUAUAUGUCUUCUUUUGUUCUGAUCACUUUCAAACCGAUUAAACCGAAAUAUUCGGUUAAACCAGCCGUUUGAACGCCCCAAUCUUUGUAAAUACGAAUUC